GGCCUGGCCAGCGGCGGGCUCGGGCUGCGGCUGCGGCUCCGGUUCCGGCUCCGGCUCCGGUCAGCCUGGGGCCUGGGAUCCAGACCCGGGGCAGGGUUCCGUCGGGCACCCGGAGCGUGCCUCAGCCCCUGGGGCGGGUUGGCGUGGAGGCUGGGGAGGGUUCUACGUGGGAGAUGGGGCUCUGAAGGCCACGUGGGGGCGCUCGAAGGGGCCCGGGGCCACCCUCCUCUCUAGGUCAAAGGUCAUCGCACCCACGGGGGAGAACUUCUUCCUCCUUGGCUCCUCUCCUUCACUUCCUGAUAACCUGAGCGAGGUCCCCCGCGGGCGGAGGAGGAGGGGAGGCCGGCAACUUUAGGCAACUUCCCAUAGGUGUGCGCAGGUUGGGGGGGGGCGGGGCGCCCCGGGAGGUGGCGGGCUCUGCGGCCACCCGCCCGCCCGCCGGAGUGUUCGAGUGAGUUGCAGGCCCCGGUGCAAGGAGGUGGAGCCGCGACCGACCGGUGGUGUGGCUGAGCCUUGGGCAUGCUGGGGCAGGAGGGGGGAGCCUGUACCACAGUCUGCCUGUGCGCGAAGUUGGAGCUCUGGUGACCAGCGCCAUGUCCAACCAGGUGGUGGGCAUCGAGCCUCUCUACAUCAAGGCAGAACCAGCCAGCCCUGACAGUCCAAAGGGUUCCUCAGAGACUGAGACUGAGCCCCCUGUGACCCUGGCUCCUGGUCCAGCUCCAACCCGCUGCCUCCCAGGGCACAAGGAGGAGGAGGAUGGGGAGGGGGCUGGGCCUGGUGAGCAGGGCAGUGGGAAGCUGGCCCUUAGCUCCCUGCCCAAACGCCUUUGCCUGGUCUGUGGGGACGUGGCUUCCGGCUACCACUAUGGUGUGGCAUCCUGCGAGGCCUGUAAAGCCUUCUUCAAGAGGACCAUCCAGGGGAGCAUCGAGUACAGCUGUCCGGCCUCCAACGAGUGUGAGAUCACCAAGCGGAGACGCAAGGCCUGCCAGGCCUGCCGCUUCACCAAGUGCCUGCGGGUGGGCAUGCUCAAGGAGGGCGUACGCCUGGACCGCGUCCGGGGUGGGCGACAGAAGUACAAGCGGAGGCCGGAAGUGGACCCGUUGCCUUUCCCAGGCCCCUUCCCUGCAGGCCCCCUGGCAGUAGCCGGAGGCCCCCGGAAGACAGCCCCAGUGAAUGCACUGGUAUCUCACCUACUGGUGGUGGAGCCUGAAAAGCUGUAUGCCAUGCCUGACCCAGCGGGCCCUGACGGACAUCUCCCGGCGGUGGCGACCCUCUGUGACCUCUUUGACCGAGAGAUCGUGGUCACCAUCAGCUGGGCCAAAAGCAUCCCAGGCUUCUCGUCACUGUCGCUGUCUGACCAGAUGUCAGUACUGCAGAGCGUGUGGAUGGAGGUGCUGGUGCUGGGUGUGGCCCAGCGCUCGCUGCCCCUACAGGAUGAGCUGGCCUUUGCAGAGGACUUGGUCUUGGAUGAAGAGGGGGCACGGGCAGCCGGCUUGGGGGAGCUGGGGGCAGCCCUGCUGCAACUCGUCCGGCGACUGCAAGCCCUGCGGCUCGAGCGAGAGGAGUAUGUCCUGCUGAAGGCCCUGGCCCUCGCCAAUUCUGACUCCGUGCACAUUGAAGAUGCCGAGGCUGUGGAGCAGCUGCGAGAAGCUCUGCACGAGGCCCUGCUGGAGUACGAAGCUGGCAGGGCUGGCCCAGGAGGGGGUGCAGAGCGGCGGCGGGCAGGCAGGCUGCUGCUCACACUGCCGCUCCUCCGCCAGACAGCUGGCAAAGUCCUGGCCCAUUUCUAUGGGGUGAAGCUGGAGGGCAAGGUGCCCAUGCACAAGCUGUUUCUGGAGAUGCUUGAGGCCAUGAUGGACUGAGGCGAGGGGUGGGAUGGGUGGGGUGCUGGCAGAUCUGCCAAGUGUGGGGUCGGCCCCCAGGGGGCAGAGCUGGGGCCUGGGCAGUGCCACAGCCUGCUGGCAGGACCAGGGCAAUGCCAUCAGCCCCUGGGAGCAGGUGCCAUGCCCUUCCCCUCCCCCCUUAGGGGGUGUCACGCUGGGAAAGUAAUGCCCGGAUCUGGGCACAGUGCUGCCCCUUGCAAGCCAUAAUGUGCCCCUAAGAGAAUAGGGGGCCUUGCGGAAGCCAUAAGGGGCUUCAGGGGAUGUGUGGGAGGCAGAAACCUGAUCUCAGGGAGGGAAGGGGAUGGAGGCCACAGUCUCCCAGUGGGUGAUGCUUUUGCUGCUGCUUAAUCCCAUCCCCCUCUCCAGAGCAGAGGGGGAUUUGGAGAGCAAAGGCCCCCCUGCCCCUUCGCUCCUCUCCUCAUCAUUUGCAUUGGGCAUUAGUGCCCCCCCUUGAAGCAAUAACUCCAAGCAGGCUCCAGCCCCAGGACUCGGGGUGGCCAGGGCUCCCCACCAGCUCCUGCCCAGCCUCCUCAGGGGGGUGGGGAGGGCACUGCCUCUAUGCCCUGCAGAGCAAUAACACUAUAUUUAUUUUUGGGUUCGGCCAGGGAGGCGCAGGGACAUGGGGCAAGCCAGGGCCCAGAGCCCAUGGCUGUACAGAGACUCUAUUUUAAUGUAUAUUUGCUGCAAAGAGAAACCGCUUUUGGUUUUGAACCUUUAAUGAGAAAAAAAAAUAUACUAUGGAGCUCAAG